AUGUCGACUUGGCUCCCUUUUAUUGUUGCCCACGUAAGGGGUUAUUUCGGGGAUAAGAGCCCUGUCCAGGAUGAACCAGGAUAUUCUUGCUUGCUAUCAGAGACUCAGACUGAUCUGGCCGGCAACACCCCUCGAGAGUCAUUCGACGAACAACAAGAAGGGUUUCCAGCUGCAACUCCGACACGCAGGGGUCAUUCAAACCCGAUCAACGAUCAAACAUGGGAGAAUUGGGCGAAGCAAAAGACAGGUCGUUCUUACAGAGCGCCUGAAAUACCAAAAGAGCCGCAUGGCUCUCCAUAUCAGAAUCAGGAGCCCUAUGGACUGCCAUCCCCGAAUGGUAGCAUCAGUGAGGAGGGAGGAACCCUAGUGCCCUCGGCGUCAGAGUACGACUCCGACGCAGAGGAAGCCGAUGUGAUACAAGUGAAGCAUCUCGAUCAGGACGAUAUGAUCAAGAAAAUGAUCGAAGCACUAGGCAAAAGGUGUGAUGAUCAGCCAGGAUAUGUGUACACGUUCUAUGAUCCAGAAUCUGAACCUAGCAAUCCGUCUGUGAAGGUCGGCCAUACAUCGAAUCCCAAAGGACGAGAAGACCAACACAAAACAAAUUGCAAGCGCGAAAACUGGGAACUGAAAUAUGGCGACUCCUUCAGAGGGUACAAAUGUGUGGAGAGACUGGUCUUGAUCGAGCUACACAACCGGCGAUCUAAUAAUGUCUGCAACUGCGGGACGAGGCACAGAGAGUACUUCGAUGUUGACAUAGCUCAUGCGUCUGGACUCAUCAAAUCUUGGCAAAUCUGGCUGCGAACGUAUGAGCCAUAUACCCGUGGUGGAGUAUUGAAGACUGUCUGGCAAGACCGACUGGACUUGUUUCAAAGCCAGUCUUCUAAGUUUUUCUUGUGCGAAACGUGCAAGGUCAACCGGACUUCCACAUCAGACCCGAAGGCAAAAGAUUGUUGCAUUCGAGCAGGAUGGGAAGCAUGGACUAACCCAGCGCGGGCCAGGUACAGAUACCAAGCAUUCCUUGCUCUAAUCAAAGACACUCGCACGUCUCACUCUUUGACAAGGCCCGCCAGGUUCCUUUUGAUAAUCAUAUGGGCGAGGCUUCUCAUUUCCGCCAUAUUUUAUGGCGAUUUACCCAUCCCAGCAUCGUCGGACGCAAUAUCCGUGGUGCAUGCAGCAUUUUUGUCGCUUGGAGUAGUCUUUGACCUUCUUGUCUCUGCUAUCUUGUUCCUGUGGGUAUCAUUUGCGCCGAACCGCGAGAUAGCCCGGACUGAAGACACUGAAGCAUCCGAGUCCCCUCGCAAAGAGAGUAAAGCCGGAGCGGAUUCAGUCAAGAAGUCAUGCACUACUCCGACCAAGUGUACUAGGAAGAAAGCUGCGGAGAAAACACCGCCAUCGACUCCAAAAAGAAUCGAUACAAAGACACCCAAGUCUUCUCCAGCCCCUCAAGAAGAUAUGGAACUCAGAGCGAGGCUACGUCAUGAGCCGUCUGCUACUCCGAUCAAGUCUCCUAAGACCAAAGGUGUUGGCAAAAGAUCGAGAAAGGUAUUGGAUAGUCCUCCGACGACUGGGAACGAGAAACCAGCCACCAAUGUCAGUAGUAACAUGACACCUCCGCACCACUCGGGAACAACUUGGCCCAUAGAUACCUCGACUCCCCCUGCACUUGGCAAGAUACUUGAGCGCUCAUUUGACUCCAAUCAGGCCAGGUAG